AUGGCUGCUUCACGGCUGCUCCGACCCGCCGCGCGCCUUGCGUUCCGCCCAGCGUUCCGCGCUCCCGCUUUCACACCCGCCAUCGUCGCAAGGAGAGGAUAUGCCUCGGGCCAGAAGGAGAUGACGGUGCGAGAGGCGCUGAACGAGGCCAUGGCUGAGGAGAUGGAGGCGAACGACAAGGUGUUUGUGCUGGGCGAGGAAGUUGCGCAGUACAACGGAGCAUACAAGGUCACCAAGGGCCUCCUCGACCGCUUCGGCGAGAAGAGGGUUAUCGACAGCCCCAUCACCGAGUCUGGUUUCGCUGGUCUGACUGUUGGUGCUGCGCUCGCUGGACUGCACCCCAUUUGCGAGUUCAUGACGUUCAACUUCGCCAUGCAAGCUAUCGACCAGAUCAUCAACUCGGCCGCAAAGACGCACUACAUGUCUGGCGGCAUCCAGCCCUGCAACAUCACCUUCCGUGGUCCCAACGGUUUCGCCUCCGGUGUCGCUGCCCAGCACUCGCAAGAUUACACUGCUUGGUACGGAAGCAUUCCAGGUCUGAAGGUCGUUGCGCCCUACAGCGCAGAGGAUGCCAAGGGUCUGCUGAAGGCUGCCAUCCGGGACCCCAACCCAGUCGUCGUCUUGGAGAACGAGCUUCUGUACGGUCUUUCUUUCCCCAUGAGCGAAGCAGCCCAGAAGGACGACUUUGUUAUUCCCUUCGGUAAAGCCAAGAUCGAGCGCCCCGGCAAGGACCUCACCAUCGUAACUCUGUCCCGCUGCGUCGGCCAAUCCCUCACCGCUGCCGAACAACUCAAGUCCAAAUACGGCAUAGAAGCCGAAGUCAUCAACCUCCGCUCCAUCAAGCCCCUCGAUGUCGAGUCCAUUGUCAAGUCCGUCAAGAAGACGGGCCACAUGCUUUGCGUCGCGUCUGACUUCCCGUCCUUUGGUGUCGGCGCUGAGAUCAUGGCGCUUACCUGCGAAUACGCUUUCGACUACCUAGAGGCGCCACCUGCGCGAGUUACCGGUGCUGAGGUUCCCACACCAUAUGCCCAGAAACUCGAGGAAAUGAGCUUCCCCACCGAGAGCUUGAUUGUGGACUACGCCGCCAAGUUGCUGAGGGUGGCAUAAGCAAUUCAAAUGAGGUGGAGAGUGCUUCUUUUUUUUGGGGAGUCGCGUGGUGACCACGAGGUGCGGCUGAAAGAGAGAGGGCGUAGGGCUAGAAUUCUUUCUUCCCACGUGGAUACGUGGAUACGCUUAUGCUUGUUGGAGAUGCAUCCCAAGAAGACAAGCGGAGAGAUGAAGCGAUUGGAGGCAAGUGAAUAGACGAACGACUUUUCGAUUGUGAGACCAUGUACAAUGUAACAUCCUUUCUUAUUUGCGAUUGAAGAAUUGAUAGCGUUUAUCGCAUGA